CAUUGGAAUCAAGGUAAACCCGUGCUAGUAGCAUUAAGCUCCUAUCAGCUGUUCCUUUAAGAAAUUCCUCGGCGUGAGCAGCAUGUCGUUGAUCAAAGCUCUCCCAUUUAUGACGUAUUCUGUCCUCCACGGCAGUUUAGCGUACAAACAACAGAUCAUCAUCUUCAGUGGACAGAACUAUUCCCCCGCCAUCGCUAUCCCCUUCCUCAUGGUGGCCUGCGGGGGGCUGUUGGACAACGUAAGACUUGCCAUGGGAGCUCUACGCGGCCCCGGGGGAGCUUCGUUACAAUUGGCUGAUUUGUGUUUCUUCCUCCAUUACGUCAUCGUGCCCUUGACCUUCACCAGUCUGGCGUAUAUCGCAGUCGGCAUGUUGCAGGGUUAUGAUUGGUUAAUGACUGGGAGCUAUCUUCUGACGGCGGCGUUUGUGGUUCAUGGACUUGUUACCUAUCACGGAAAAGUGGCAGGGAAUUAUGCCUUGUCCUUAGAAGGUGGGAUUGCAAAGUGGACAUUGGACAGGAGCAAGGUCAAGGUGACCUUUGACAUGAUCCUCCCCGUCAUGCUGAUUGGUUUAUUUGGAGUGAUUGUUGGCGCCAUUGGCUGGUGGCAGAGGGGGUGGGCGUGGCUGUUCUACUUGCAGCUCGCUGGUUUUCUGGGUCAAGCUAUGGUACCGAGCUUGAAAACUGGCGGCAUGUACCUUUCCAACUUCCUGGAGGUGGUUUUCUUGGCAAGCAUGAUGGCCACUCAAAUAUAGCCGGACUGAGGAGCUUCAAUUUGCUUUCAAAAUAAUUCUGGGUUAACUUAAGUUUGUUUUCAUAUAGAAUAUGGCGUUAAUAUGGUAUUCCCAAUGAUAAUAUAAUAAGAGUUCAAAAAUCAGAGUUCAAAAAUUAAUUACGAGAGCUACAUGUACCUAAGGUAUCAAAGAAACGUAUCACGAGAAAAUGAACCCCGUUUUAACCAAGAUGACAUUGCCUAGAUAUUU